AUGUCGGUCCACCGAAAUACUCUCUUUGAGGUUACCUCCCCUAAGACGAAUGAGACGUGUUGGUCACGACAAUUAUGCCAACAGAGAGAAUCCCUGCCUCCCCUCAGCUCAAUUUUUAGUCAUGCUACUCAUCGUCCACUUCCUACACAUUUUGGCCGUCCUAGUCCGCCAAGCUUCAGGUCUCCACCUGAAGAAGUCUGGCUUCCAGCCGCUCCCUUUGAAGUUGUGAGAUUUCCACACUCUCCGCAACAUGAACGGCGCUUUUCCUACGACGCCAGAACUGCAACGCUUGAAAAAAUAGAUGUUACCCCCCCUACAGCCUCACAGAAGACCAUAUCUCCAAUAAACACCGCUCAUUCACGUCUCCGAGAAUCUGCCUUUGUUCCUACCAUGUACCCUUCUGCCGCUUACCAAUCACCACUCAGUAACCAGCCAAAUCACUCGGAAUUUCGCAUGAGAGAAACCACGGCACCUUGGAAUCCUCUAUCAGAUAAUUUUAUAUCUCCUCAGAAUAACUCAAGGCUAGAUCUCCCAACAUAUGCUGAGCCCCAAAGUUCAUCGGUCAUUCUCAACUACCCCCCAACUCCUACUAUUCUAGGUGACCCAGCGACUACAACUACUUCAACUCCAAUAGUCACAGAGACCUCAAUAAUUGGGCGCGAUGGACUCGGACCCAAAAUCUGGACGGGAACUCAUUUUCUGCCUCGCUUCGUCCGCCAGGCUGACGUACCUGGUGAGGGAAUAUGCUACUUUUACGAUGAUGGGACACACUGUAAAGCUGUUAUAGAUGGCGAGGUAGUCAAUGCACAUUGGGGUGUUACGAAAGCUGGAAAGCCUCGAAAACGCUUAGCUAUAGCCUGCAUUACAUGUCGUGAAAAGAAAAUCAAGUGUGAUCCUGAUUACCCUCGCUGUCUUCAGUGCCAGAAAUUUGGAAGAGUUUGUCGGUUUAAGAACGCCCCUCGCGGCGGCCAUAGUACCCCGAAUACUCCUCCUACCGAGGCAGAAGAGAUUCAUCUUCGACACGAGUCACCGCAGGGCGAUGAUUCUAGUAAUGACAAGGAGAAAGCAUCGUCAGUAGUUUCUCCCUGCCAGCACCAGCGGCACGUAACACCUGAUUCUGGAUCACAUCGGUUCAAACGUCGACGAAUUAAUCCAUAUGAUUCAACCCUGACAAACUUGAAGACUUCGCCUAUCACAUCAAUACCAGAAGCUGCUCCAUUAACUACAACACCAACAGACACACUUACCUUGGACCCACGCCUAUUUCAACAAUUGCAAAUGAACCCUUACAAUUCACGGCCCGAUAUUAUGACGGAUUGGAUUCCCAUAUUUUUUCGCUGCGUUCCAGAAACAGCUCACAGUAUGUUUAUUCAAGAAUCUUUUGAAAAGUGGGCUUUUUCAAAAAAAGAAAAGUCAUUAGAUGAACACACGACGCUAUAUGCUAUGCUUUGUCUUGCAUCGGUCUUUGUGUCAAAGACGGAGCAGAAACCACUCGGAGAAUUUUAUGCGUCAGUAGCUCGACUUGGUUGUGAAAACCGGCCCUUUAGUAUUCACUUGGUUCAAUCACGGCUAUUUCUCGCACUCUACUACUUUGCACACAACCAGCUAGAAAUGGCAUGGGAAUUUUGUGGCUCUGCAAUGAGAGUAGCAAGUGGACUGAAACUCAAUCUAGAAAUCGAGCAAAGCGAUGAUUCUUGCCUACAGAGCUUUCCUUAUGGAUUAAAUCGAGCCGGAUACUCUGAAUGCCGGCGUCGCACCUUUUGGAGCACUUAUUUAAUGGAUAAGUUUAAUGGAUUUUGCUCGGGAUACCUGGGCGUUUUCAAGUCCGAAGAUGUCUUUCUUCGACUUCCGUGUGACACGAAUAGUUUUAACUCACAAUCUGACGCUCGUGCUCCAUUCUUUGAUUUAACGGCUACAUCUAUUCCCAGUGCAGACUCUUCAGUGGGGUCUAUGGCAUAUUUGAUUAAUAUAGCGACUGUUUGGUCCGACGUGUUGGCCCAAAUUUAUAGAUUUUCACAAAGAUCCGUACCAUCGUCUCCAGCGACAUUUAUUAAAUUCUAUGAGGACGCAACAUAUCGUAUGCGAGCGUGGAAUGCGUCUUUGCCAGAUCACUACAAGCUUACUAUCGAGAACCUUGAGUUCGCUUCAAUUAAAGGAGAGCUUGGGACCCUUGUAUUGGCACAUUCUGUAUAUCAUAGCGCGGGCAUGAAGUUAAAUCGUUACAUUCCGCACUCCAUUUUAUCGAAAGCCCAAGUCGCUCACCACGUUGCAGUGGCAACGGAGCAUGCAGAAGACUAUCUACACCUGAUGAAUAAACUCGAGACUGUACGCCGACUAGUUCAGAAGCAGGAAGAUCUUGAUCAUCUGCCACCAAGAUUUACCUCACCUUUUGCAGGGUACUGCAUAGUCACGGCUAUCGACAUCCUUGCAGCCAAAGUACCAUUAAAAAAAAUUGAAGAGCGCUUAGUAUUAUUCCAAGGAUCGCAAUCAGUACUUUCAGAUAUCUGUUGCUUCUGGCAGAGUUCAAAUGCUCAAAAAUUAUCCGUUCAGCAACGUGUGCGAGAGUUGGUGCAAUUGAGUCAAGGUGAAGCUAGUAGCAAUUCUGAAUGCUUUUCUCUUGGUGGACCAAUAGAUAAAUUACUUUCGCGAAAGGGAGAUUGCCUUUAUCUAUGA